CUAUCAACUACCCCAUAUUCAUCAUCCUCAGCCUCAUCUUCAUCAGUCUCACUAUCAUCAUCAACCCAACCAAAACAGCCUUCAACAUCAGCAACCUCUACAUCAUUGUCCUCAACAUUAACAUCAUCAGCAAUCUCACAGCCUUCAUCACCAUCCCUACCUUCUUCAACAACACCGUUAUCAUCAACAUCUUUAAUACUAUCACCUACACAAAACUCGUCAUCUUCAACAUCCUCAGCAGCAACUUCAUCAGUCCCACUACUGUCAUUAUCCUCUUCUGCAACAUUAUCAUCUAGACCUUCUUCAUCACCAACAUUACAAUCACCUUUAUCAUCAACACCACCAUCUUCAAUACUAUCAACUUCUCCAACUUCAUCAUCCUCAAUCUCAUCCUCAUCAGUCCCACUAUCAUCAUCAACCCAAUUAAAACAGCCCUCAUCAUCCGUAACCUCUACACCAUUGUCCUCAUCAUUAACGUCAUCAGCAAAUUCACAGCGAUCAUCGUCAUCCCCACCAUCUUCACCACCAACAUUAACAUCUUCAAAAAUAUCAUCUAUACCAUCUUCAUCGUCUCUGCCAUCUUCAUUACCAUCUUCAUCAGUCCCACUAUUGUCAACAUUAUCAUUGCCAUCAUCAACAUUGUUAUUUACACCAUCUUCAUCAUAUUCUCAAUCUCCAUUAUCAACAUCUUCAAUAUCAUCUACACUACCUUCACCAUCUUCAUCAAUCCCAUUAUCACCAUCAACCUCACCAGCACAUCCCUCAGUAUCAACAACCUCUACAAUAUCUUCAACAUCCUUACUAUCAUCAGUAAAUUUGCAGCCUUCAUCAACAUCCCCAUCAUCUUCAUCACUAUCAUUAGCAUCAUUAACAUCUUCAAUAGUAUCAUUUACACCAUCAUCUUUACCAUCCUCGGCACCAUCUUCAUCAGUCCCACUAUUGAAAACAUCAGCAUCAUCUUCUACACUAUCAUUUACACCAUCUUCACCAACAUCACCAUCACAGUUAUCAUCAACACCACCAGACUCAUCUUCAUCAGUCCCACUAUCAUCAUCAUCCUCAACCCAACCCCAACAGCCCUCAUUAUCAGCAACCUCUACAUCAUCGUCCUCAUCAUUACCAUCAUCAGGAAACUCGCAGCCUUCAUCACAAACUUGCAGCAUUCAUCACCAUCCCCACCAACAUUAA